AUGGCCAACACCCGGAGUAUUGAGCUGGAACAUUUUGAGGAGAGGGACAAAAGACAGCGGCCAGGCUCCAGGAGAGGGGGGCCCAGCUCCUCAGGGGGCAGCAGCAGCUCAGGCCCCAAGGGAAAUGGGCUCAUCCCCAGCCCUGCACACAGUGCCCACUGCAGUUUCUACCGCACCCGGACUCUGCAGGCCCUCAGCUCGGAAAAGAAAGCCAAGAAGGCCCGCUUCUACCGGAAUGGGGACAGGUACUUUAAGGGCCUGGUCUAUGCCAUCUCCAGCGAUCGCUUUAGGUCCUUCGAUGCCCUCCUCAUGGAGCUCACUCGUUCCCUGUCAGACAACGUGAACCUGCCACAGGGAGUCCGAACCAUUUACACCAUCGAUGGCAGCCGGAAGCUCACCAGCCUGGAGGAGCUGGUUGAAGGUGAAAGUUAUGUAUGUGCAUCUAAUGAACCAUUUCGAAAAGUUGAUUACACCAAGAAUGUUAAUCCAAAUUGGUCAGUGAACAUCAAGGCUGGGUCAACUCGGCCAGUGCCUCCAUUAGCUUCUACAAAGAGUGAAGUGAAGGAAAGCAAAGAUUUCAUUAAGCCCAAAUUGGUGACUGUAAUUCGGAGUGGAGUGAAGCCCCGGAAAGCUGUGAGGAUCCUGCUGAAUAAGAAGACAGCCCAUUCAUUUGAGCAAGUCUUGACAGACAUAACAGAAGCCAUUAAACUAGAUUCCGGUGUUGUCAAGAGGCUCUGUACACUUGAUGGGAAACAGGUUACUUGCCUACAAGAUUUUUUUGGUGAUGAUGAUGUUUUUAUUGCCUGUGGACCUGAAAAAUUCCGUUAUGCCCAAGAUGAUUUUGUCCUGGAUCACAGCGAGUGCCGAGUCUUGAAGUCAUCAUAUCCUCGUUCCCAUGGUACAGCAAAGCAGCCUGGAUCCAAAAGUCCUGGGCCUUCCCGUCGCAGCAAAUCACCUGCCUCAGGUACUAAUGAAAAAGGAAUUCCACCACACUGUGGGUCUUCUUCCAAUGUCAAUGGUGGACCUGAACUGUACCGUUGCCUGAGCCCUGAAGGUGUGAAUGGAAACAGGUGCUUUGAGUCAUCAACCCUUCUUGAGAAAUACCGAAUUGGCAAGGUCAUUGGUGAUGGCAAUUUUGCUGUGGUGAAGGAAUGCAUAGAUAGGUCUACCGGAAAGGAGUUUGCCCUAAAAAUUAUAGAUAAAACCAAGUGCUGUGGAAAGGAACACCUGAUUGAGAAUGAAGUGUCAAUACUGCGCAGAGUUAAACAUCCCAAUAUAAUCAUGUUGAUUGAGGAAAUGGAUACUGCUACUGAGCUUUUUCUGGUGAUGGAAUUAGUCAAGGGUGGUGAUCUCUUUGAUGCCAUUACUUCUUCAACCAAGUACACAGAGAGAGACGGCAGUGCAAUGGUGUACAACUUAGCAAGUGCCCUGAAGUAUCUUCAUGGUCUCAAUAUUGUGCAUAGAGACAUCAAGCCUGAGAACCUUUUGGUAUGUGAAUAUCCAGAUGGAACCAAGUCUUUGAAACUGGGAGAUUUUGGGCUGGCCACCGUGGUCGAAGGGCCUUUGUAUACGGUGUGUGGUACACCCACUUAUGUGGCUCCAGAAAUCAUUGCUGAAACUGGCUAUGGCUUGAAGGUGGACAUCUGGGCAGCUGGCGUGAUUACUUACAUCCUCCUCUGUGGAUUCCCACCUUUCCGAAGUGAGAAUAACCUUCAAGAAGACCUCUUUGAUCAGAUCCUUGCUGGAAAGCUAGAGUUUCCUGCCCCGUACUGGGAUAACAUCACUGACUCAGCAAAGGAAUUAAUCAGCCAAAUGCUACAAGUAAAUGUGGAAGCUCGAUGUACAGCAGGACAGAUCUUAAGUCAUCCCUGGGUGUCAGACGAUGCCUCCCAGGAGAAUAACAUGCAAGCCGAGGUCACAGGUAAACUGAAACAGCACUUUAACAGUGCCCUUCCCAAACAGAACAGCACGAGCACCGGUGUCUCCGUCAUCAUGAACACAGCUCUAGAUAAAGAGGGUCAGAUUUUCUGCAGCAAGCACUGUCAAGAUGCCAGCAGGGCUGGGGUGGAGCAAACUUCUCCCAUUCCUUCUCUUGCCAAGGAGCCUCCCGUGCCUGAGUCUGCAGACCUUCAUCCCUUUGCUUCUCCGGAGACACCCAGCUCCCCGAGCCCUCCUGCAGCAGCCAGGGGUGAACGUGCUGGGGCCUGGCGGCGCCUUCGUGACUGA